GUCAAUCACCUUUCUUCCGUAGUGCGCAUGCGUAGUUUACAAAAUCUAUGGAAACAUGAAUUUGUAGGGAGAAAAAUAUAUUUUUCUUUUGAUAAUUUUAUAUUGAUUUUGAUAUGUAGUGAGUCCUCUGUGGGAAGCACAAUUUCUUUGUGAAAAUGCCGAUCACAAAGAUACCGAUUGUGCAUAAAUUUGGGAUUAUCUCGCAUACUCAAAGGCUAGAGCUGCAGGAGCGGCUUCUGAAACAGUCAUACAUACAGACUUUGAAAAGCCAGAAAGUACAACUACCAACAAGGAAUCCGUUAGAAGUAUCUGAAGACUUUGUCCAGGAGUACAACAAUGCCAAGUUGUUUGAUGAGAAUGUCCGGUCAGCGAGGAUCACAGGUGGUCAGGAUGAGCCAAAAGUCAAUAAGAUCUUGGAAAAGGCAGAACAGCUGGAACAAACAGCGCAGAAGAUGUUGGAAAGGGCAAAGAGGAGGGCUGGUUUACGUGCUGGUGGCGCUGGCAGACAUGUAAACUUGCCUUUGGCUUGGACAGACCUUGCCCAACUAGCUCAGUGUAGAGGAAAAAUACAGGAAGAAUGCCUGGAUGUGUUAACAAUCUCACUGGACCAGUCCCCCCUGGACAAACAGCAUGUACCGGCCCUUUUCUUCCUGGCUGAGACCAUGCUGUACUGGCUGAGAACAGACGCCGUGCACCAACCUUACCUGCGCACGGGAGAAAUUAAACUCCUCAAGAUGGGUCAGCUAGUGUUUUCCCGCCUAUUUUACCACCACAUGGCUGGACAGCUGGCAGGACAGAAGGAAUUCAAAAACAGACUCUUCACAUACCUCGAUGGUCUUCAGGACUGCCAAGAGGCAUACAGCCCGUACCCUAACGCCCUGUUGUCCGUGCGUUUCAUCAUUACGGUUGGUAAGAUCAUCAUGUCAGACACCCAGCUAGAGCCUGGAGAGGUCAAAGAAGGGGAUAAUGUGGUCACCAAGUCUGCACUUAGCAGACCAAGUGCUAGAAGUACGGACACAGGCAGGCGUACCUUCCAGUCAAAAGAUCACACAUCCCACACUUCUCACAGUGUAGCAAUCAGUAGCAGUGUGCACGACCUUAGCCCUACCUUAUGGCAUGCCCUUGAUGUAUGGCGGUGCACAAACCAUCUCAGUGGUGGACUUAAGGAAGCACUCAUGGCCCUUAGUCAUUGUGGCAUGGGACUCGUCAAUGAGUCUUGGGUGGACAGUAUGGUAGCACUACAGAUUCUAUCAGAGGCAUCCAAGUCCAGUCUGAUGGCAAUGCGGGCCCUACACAGUCUAGCGUGUGGGUUCCGACCCCAAGAAACUGCACAGUCGUCCCCUUCCACUAGCCGCACAGAGAGCUCAGAAACAAAAUUAAAGAAGAGCUCAUCUGUUAGUCCAAACCCGACUCAGAAUAAAAAAGUUUUGAGAUUUGAAAGUUACAGUAUGGAGAGUUCAGAAUCGAGUCAGGAGCGACCGGAGAGCCAGUCUCGUGUGAGCGUAGCAAGCAGCAAACCGACACUCAGUGACAUCUAUGAACGCAGCGAGGAGGGUGACUCAGACAGAUACCGGAACUCGGGCUCCAGUAAAACCAAGCGUGGUUCAAGUGAGAUAACAUCUUCAAUGAAGACAAAUGAUCCAGAUUCUUCGCCUCCUUUCUCUCUGUCUCCAGACAAGAAGGAAAAAGCAGGAGAGGAGCCAGGUUACCUACAGAAGCGUGAGGUUUCAUUCGAGGCUCACAAGGAGAUGGAGAAGUCUGAACCACUCAGGCGACUUACACCUAAAUCCACACCUGGUCGAGCUGUCACGCAGGGAUCCCGCACUACAGCAGGAACAGGAGAGAGCAUGUUUCCCCCAGGAACGGGUUACCAGGCUGAGGCAGGAACCACACUACCCAGUGGUCGAGCUUCCGAAGCCAGCACCGUACAGACUUACACUAACACUGUGAACCCUGAGAUGCCAGGUAUAAAUGGCUGGCACUGGGAAGUUGCGAUCACAUACACGGACAUCCUUGGCGAUAUCUGUCUCCAUGGCAGCAGUGCAGAGAUCCAGAAGAUGGCACUGAUGGGGAUGAACAGGGAUAUCGCAGACCCAUUCAAGCGGGGCUACACAGUUGUGCCUUUACACAGUGCAGGGCUGCUGGACCUGGCGUUCUUUAGGGCGAUGACUGAGACUAAGGAUGGAGGUCCAAAUGACUGGAGUUGGCGUAUUCGUUAUGGUGCUGUUCAAGCAAUUGUAAAGAUCUGCCGCUGUCUCGCCAACGACAAGAAUCGUGAGGGUAUUCGUAACGCUGCCUGGAACAUGCUGCUAAGGGCCCACUCACAGGAGAAAGAUGAGCGAGUUCUGGAGGCGUUAAAAGUCGGACAGGUUCACACAGAUUUGGAAAGUUAUCUUAACAAGCGUCUGACAGUCACACAAUACACCCUAGGCUCCAAGGUUGCGGACGGCCUAGCCACCAUCUACCUACCCCCUCUCCCUCCCCCAGUUGACCCCUACUCCCCACCAAGGAGGAAGGAGAUGACCCCAUCCCCAGUUAAGGCUACUACAACCUCACAGGAGUCUGUUGUUCAGCCUCGGGAGAAACACAAGCCUGCCAGGACUUCCCUUAAGGAGGAGAUAAUGCUGGCCUCUGCCCUGUAUGAGCCUCCAGUGUCAUUCAGCACCCGCACCAGUUUUGACCUCCGCAGGAUAGUCGAGGACCAGUGGCGAAAGGACCUACAAGCAGAGUUAGAUAAUGAAGAGAAGGAUCGACAGAAGGCACUUCGGGAAAAUCAGGCUGCAGCGGAAGAGUUUGAGGCCGGGAUAGAACAGAAACGACUAGAUAAAUUUGCCAACACGCUGAAAAAACAGGGCAAUGAGGCCCGGCAGUGAAUAGACUGUUGUACACAGGAAGAAGGGGAGAUUGUUAUUGGAUCUAAUAAUUGAUUGGAUUAUUUUUUUAUGACAGUAGAAAUAAGAAGUUCAUCUUCAAUUUACAAUCACUGCUGUUGGGGGGAAAUGUAUAAACAUACGUAAAAGAUAAUAUAAAGAACGAAAAAUUAAAUUGGAAAAUUCCUUGAUACAAUGUUGUAGGCGGACAGAAUUAAUAAUGUUGAUUUUGCUUAUUUGCUGAAGAAACAUUGCAGAAGUUUAUAAGUUAAUGGUGUUUGUGAUUGAUUUGGUAUUGAGAAGGAAACCUAAUCAAAUUUUUGAAUAGUACAUGUAGACAUACAACAGCAUGUUUUUUUAAAGAGCCCACCCUCUGCUGAGUACUAGUAGUUGUUAUGGAACGAUGUGAACCAAACCUGUAUUAAAGAUAGUCUGAGUUAUUUCAAAGAUGUCAUUAGCAUUUUUCUGUGAUAUGUUAUUCUAUUGUUUAUACAAUUUGUCCCUUUUUAUCAGAUGUGUGCCUUAUUAUUUUGUUUACAAUUUUUCAGUAUGUUAUAAAUGCCGGGUUUUGUUUUUUAAGCUAUAUCAUUAAACUGUUACUUCAUAA